AUGUCACCUGCCCUGACAGGGCCUGAAGGGCUGAAGGUCGCCUUUGAGCUCAUCCGCAGAAUGACCUGUGGGCUGGCAGACACCAUGGCAGCUUCCCUUUUCCAGAAUGACCUGUGCCGGCAGACACCCGUGGCAGCUUCCCUUUUCCAGAAUGACCUGAAGCUAAGGCUGCAUUGGGGUGAGGCCCUCACUUCAUCCAGCAGCGAGCACCAUGCCCAGCAGGGCUAUCUCAGUACUCAGCCUCCAUCUUCAAACACCUGUAUCCACUCAGCCCUCAUUUUGCGUGACAAUGAGGUGCCCUUCAAGGAGGAUAAGCUCAAUGCCCUCCUUAAAGCAGCUGGUGUAAAUGUUGAACCUUUUUGGCCUGGCCUGUUUGCAAUGGCCCUGGCCAAUGUCAACAUUGGGAGCCUCAUCUGCAAUGUAGGGGCUGGUGGACCUGCUCCAGCAGCUGCUGUUGCACCAGCAGGGGCUCCUGGCCCCUCCACUGCCGCUGCCCCAGCUGAGGAGGAGGAAGUGGAAGCCAAGAAAGAAGAAUGUGAAGAAUCUGAUGAUGACUUGGGCUUUGGUCUUUUUGACUAA